GAGAAUUUAUUCACUUCGUAGUUGUGUUAUGAAUACCAUGGAAAUAAAUCGUCAAGCCAUGGAAUACGUUUUCAAGAUUUUAAAUUGGAGAUAACAAGUUCAGUUCAGCGUUGUAUGGAUCUGAUUUAGCUUGGAAGUGAGAAUAGCAACUCUAACAGAAGGCACUGGGUUAUUGACAACGCCACAGUGUGUGUAAUACACUUAGUGGGAGGACAAUGAUUUGUUCAAAAAACAAAGAGUUAAUCAUUGAAUGUCACAAGUUUACCUAUAUUGUUUCUUUCGCCAUCAUACAGAUUCACGUGGGAACUUCUUUUAUUUAAGAAAUGAAAUUGUAUUUAAUGCUGCGAGGGAAAAAGAAUGAACACUACUGCUGAAAGCCAGGAUUUUGUUCCAUGGAAAAUUUCGAAAUUUGCCGAAACAAUUCUGAUAAUUUUAUAUUUUCUCAUCACUUUUAUCGCGAUCAGUGGUAACGGUAUUGUGUGUUAUUUAGUGUUUGCCUAUAAACGAAUGCAUACCGUGCCUAAUUAUUUCAUCUUUAAUUUAGCCCUAAGCGAUAUAUUGGUGGCCAUCUUCUGUAUUCCGUUCUCGUUUGUUGCGAAUUUAAAGAAUUAUUGGCCCUUUGGUGUGGCAAUGUGUCCGGUUGUCAUGUAUUCUCAAGGAGUUACGGUGUUUUUAAGUUCGUACACCUUGGUGGCAAUGAGCAUUGAUCGUUAUUUUGUUAUUGUUCACCCGUUUCUCAGACGCAUCACAACGAGGCAGACAGUGUUUGUUAUAAUGGCUAUAUGGGUUAUCUCCCUUGCCAUUCCUUUGCCUGCGCUAUUGAAAUCACAGAUUUUAUAUUUCUCUAAUACGAGUGGCCAGUGCCUAGAAAUAUGGUCGAACAAUACGGAUAAAUAUAGAUACAGUUUGGCCCUUAUGGUGCUCCAUUAUUUUGGGCCCUUAGCGAUUUUAAUAUUUAGUUAUUCAAAGAUUGGAUUCAAUAUAUGGAUUAAAAAUUUCCAUGGUGAUGAGGGCAACAAGAGAAGACUCCAGUUAGCUGCAGCCAAACAAAAGAUGAUACGUAUGAUGAUUACGGUAGUAGUUUUCUACGCUUUAUGCUGGCUUCCAAUACACACAGUAACAUUAAUCGGUGAUCAACACCCUUCUAUCUAUAAUCUUCCUAUGAUGCCUGUAUUAUGGAUGCUAUUUCAUUGGCUUGCAAUGAGCAACAGUUGUUAUAAUCCAAUCAUUUAUAUCUGGAUGAGUCCAAAAUUUCGAACUGGACUAAAACUCUCCUUUCAACGUUGCACGCGAAGGCGUAGUUUACAACAACAACCGUCGGAUGAUAAUUUAAACGUGAAACCAGAAGACGUGGCAAAGAAAAAGACGGUUUAUUGUUGUUUGUUGGAGGACAAAAGACGUCGUUUUCACGAUGGCUAUACACCGUAUCGGCUGAGUCAUUGUGCGUAUCCCCCUCCUCCAAGACUUAUGCCGCUAGAUCGUUUACGACUUUCAGCAAGCAUACACAGCGAUACGUGACAAAUCAGCCAUGGUACAUGUAAAUCGUGUGUAUAACUUCUAUCAAAACUAACUCAUUAAUACCUUCAUAAGUGAUCGCCUUUUAUGAUAGUAAAACAUUCAUUUAUGUCUGAAAAUAGAUUUCUGUGGACGUUGUGAACUAACGUGUUGUGAUGAAUGUCUCCUAUUUAUAGUGCUAAAAACGUUUGUAUAUAACAGAAAGGUGACAUAGUAUAACAAGUUAUAACCAAUGCAGAACAGUAUCCAAUAUACGAUAUCCGUGAUUUAUUGGGUCCUCCUUCCAAUGAUACAUAUGGCGUAUUGGGUCCUGUUUGCAAUGAAACAUAUACUAUUCAAAAAAAGUAGGGGAUAUUUGAUUUUUAAGUGUUAUUAAAGUCACCUAAUGAAACUGACGAAGAAACAAAUGACAAAAUGAAAUGAAGUUCACAUUCAUCGAUUUAUUCCAAAUGAUCGUUAGACUAAGUAAGGCACAGACUGACCAUUAUAAGGGUAAAAUGAUACCCGGGGUCAAACAGCAAAGUUACCACAGCAUCACAACCAAGUCAGUAACGGGUAAAUCCUCCUCUGUUUGCCAAACAAGCAUU